AUGUCAGCAACUGAGAUGCAACCAAAAUCUUAUCCCAUCUUUGCAUUCCUUCGUGACUUUUCCAUCACAGGAGGAGUGUAUUUUGCCUCGUGUACAAUAACAAAUCCCAUUAGAGGGGCUGUAUUCCACUUGGGAACACAAGACAUUUUUUCUGAUAAACCAAAAUAUACAGGAAUAAUCAAUUAUCUUGUAAAUACUGUUAAGAAUAAUGGGAUUAGAGGCUUAUGGGCUUUCAAUGUUGGAAUUUAUUUGAGAGAAGUGUCAGGUGUCGCCUUUAACUUUGCUUUUCAUGCAUCAUUCAAGAAAAUUCUUCCACAAUUUUCUCCAGUCAAUAAUCAAUUGGAAUACAUGUUGAUGCAAUUCAUAUCUGGUGGACUAGCAGUUCUUACCACAAGAAGUUUCCAACAUCCUCUCGAUUUUUUAUCUACUUAUGAAUAUCGUGAUCUAAAACCAGGAUUUAGAGCUUGCUUUAAUGGACUUGGUGAUGUAGUAUGA